CUGCUGUUGCUGUGUGUGUGUGGAGGUCAGGGGCAUGACAGAACAGCGAGUUCCCGAUACAGACAUGCUGCUUCUCUUUUGUAAAAUACACUUGAUUUAAAAAAUAGACGCGAUAGGUCAACUACAUUAUUGUGAUCAUUAUAUUGGCGUUGACAGAACAGCUCAGCAUUGACCAUCUUGAUCGUUGCAUCAUAAGUAGCGCUCCUUAGCCGAAGCAAGGACCUGUUCUUUUUUUCCCCAUUUUUACGUUCCUACCGUUCACCCAGACAUGGACAACAAUCCACAAGGCUCCGGGGGACUCAAGGCUAGUCUCGGUAGUCUCUUCGGUGGUGGAGCGCCAGAAUAUUCCAACACGGAGCUCGCCGGUGUUCCAUUGACUGGAAUGAGCCCUCUGUCGCCUUACCUUAACGUCGACCCUCGUUACCUGAUUCAAGACACAGACGAGUUCAUUCUGCCUACGGGCGCUAAUAAGACGAGAGGAAGGUUCGAGCUGGCUUUCUUCACAAUUGGGGGGUCCUGCAUCACAGGAGCUUCGUUCGGCGCUUUAAAUGGCUUGAGGAUGGGCCUGAAGGAGACAAGAGACAUGGCUUGGUCCAAACCGCGAAAUGUACAGAUCAUCAACAUGGUGACAAGGCAAGGAGCUUCGUGGGCCAACACUUUGGGUUCAGUAGCCUUGCUGUACAGCGCGUUUGGCGUGGUGAUCGAGAAGGUUCGAGGAGCGGAGGACGACAUCAACACAGUAGCAGCCGGCACGCUAACGGGGAUGCUUUUCAAGGCGGCAGGCGGCCUGAAGGGUGUAGCCCGCGGGGGUCUGGCCGGCCUGGCCUUGUCCAGUGCCUACGCCGUCUACAACAACUGGGACCACCUGACUGGAACAUCAUCACCAUCCUCUAGGCUUUACUGAGUUCCUGCUCCUCGUCUUCUUUUUUUUUUUUUUUCCCCUCUGACAUUAGGGCCAGCCAAACUAUCUCCAGGAGGCAGUGCGCAGACUCUGGGAUGGAAGUGGUUUCUGUGUGUAUGUGCGUGUGUGGCGGUAGGUCCACAAGUGGAUCUUUUAAUGAUGAACUUUGCCUUACAGUCAGUGCUACUCUUGUAUUUAUUUCACGGGGAUCAUCAUUAGAAGCUGUACUGUAAGAAGAAGAGUACAUGUCAACCGUCAUCUAAUGAAAUAAAUCACGGGGAAAUACCAUAAAAAAA